CCGCGCGUCGACCUGCUUCAUGUGUCAUGAACCUGGGCACUAUGCAAAUCAGUGCCCGGAGAGGAACCGACGGAGAUCAUACUCUGAUUGACCAUCGAUAUCCUCGAAAAGACGAGGGAACCACUCUCCUCGACGCUCGGACUAUCGAAGGCGCUAUGACUCACCAUCACAUACGAGUACGAAGAUUAUGGACAUGGUUGCUAAGCUCGGACAAUCUGUGGCAACAAUGGAAGACUUUUUCGAGGAAGCACGUUUGAAGAAGGAAGAAAAUCUACGGCGGAAGCAGGAGAAGAGGGAAGCGGAGGAAAGGGAGAUGGAGGAGAAGUUACGAGCUGAGAGAAAAGCUAAGAAGAAAGUGAAGAAGCUCCAUAAGGAGGCAGAACGUGAAGCAGAUAGACGCGAGGAGCUGAAGAAAGAUAACGAUAUUCAGCUCGCCAUCAGACUUAGUGAGAUGAAGGAAAACGUGGCUUGCAGCGUUGAGCACAUGAUCGCCCCGCUCAGGCAACUAAUUCGGUUAGGCAAAAAAAAGGUUACUUACGCAUCCGGUUGUGACUCGCCACCUGAACCUGAGGAGGAGGAAAGCGAUACGAGUGUAACCCAGGAGUUGAGCGCAAAAGCUCAGCGGUUGUGUAUCUCCGAGAAGCGAAAGCGAGGGCUAGAACCCUUGUUUGAUGACAGCCCGCCUAUGGAGGUGCCACCGAAACGUACUCCGAAGCGAGGUGCUUUCAAACCGAUGAAGUUGACUGCUCGUUUGACCAGGUCCAAGACGGCCGUGAAGAACCCUGGUGCAAUCAAGAGGGUCUCACCUGUGAAGACUCCUUUGUUGAAUCGUGGUAAGAAGACCCGUACUCCUAGGAAGGUUACACCGAUGAAGUCGCCCGCACAAGCUGCCACACCAGCUACCAAGGGCGCAUUACAGAGCCUGAGGUUUCGGAACUCUGUUAUGGAGGAACUCAAGGCUUGUGAUGCCACCGAGCUGCAGCGACUAUGCAAGGAGGAAGGGGUGCCUUACGGCGAUAAGGUGGAUGCUAUUUUCGCAAUUGCGGACAACCGUACACGUGAAAAGUACGGGUUGGACAUCUCGGAGAAGAACGAGAUCAUAGAAGUUGACGAAAGUGAAGCCGGCCAGGAACAGGAAGAUGAGCCGAAGAACUGAUACUGUUGGGAGAUACCGCUGCUGUGGAAACUG